CCACGCGAUGAACGGCGGAUAAGGCCACCGUUCUCGCGUAACUUUGGCCACCGUCCUACACCUUCAAGAAGCCUCUCUCCCCACCACCACCACAUCACCUCUUCUCUCAACCGCCGCCCCAAAACCCUUCUCCGAUCCCUAAUCGCCGACGCCCAUGGCGGCGGCGGCGGCGGCGGCGGCGGCGGCGGCGGCGCCCCAUCUCCCCGAGGACAUCGCUCUCUCUAUCGUGUCCCUCCUCGACGUCGUGGACGUGUGCGCGCUGGGGAGUUGCUCCCGCUUCUGGCGCGGGAUCUGCGGCGCCGAUUGCGUGUGGGCCGAGCUCUACGAGCGGAGGUGGCCGAAGUCGGCGGCUUCGGGCGAUGGCGCGGCCGGAUUCGGCGGAGGAGGCCGAGGUGGUGGAGGAGGAGGAGGAGAGUGCUCCGGUGAUGGUGGUGUUGAUGAGGCUUUGUUGGUUCCUACACAGGGGUGGAAGGCUUUAUAUGUAAACAAGCACAGGAAAGUGGCCACAGCUAUUUCUGGUGUGGUUGAGUUUGUAGGACAGUGGUCACAGAAUGAGUCACUUGAAAUUGGAAAUCAUUUGAAAGCAAUUUGCUAUCUGAACUCAUUGAAGAUUGGCUUCAAAGAUGUUCAAUUUUUUCUCUUCACGAGAAAGCAUACUGUGCUGCUGAAUCUCAUCGGAUUGCAUUACUCCAUUAUUUGGUUAGAAAUAUUGCCAGAAAAAGUAAUGGAAGCUCUAUUGAACCGCCAAAUAUCUGAGCGGCAAGUAUGCGUGAGCUGGUUCAAGCUUGGCCGAUGGUUCUAUGGUUUCCGCUUGCAUGAUGAGCAACGAUCAAAAAGAGUUUCUUUAGGUGAGCUCACAAUGGGCCCGGAGGAAGAGGUUCUUGGUGUGCUCAACCGUGGGGCUGUCCACGAAGUGUUGCGCGUCCAAAUCACAUCCGCCAAAUGAUCAAUAUAAUGAAAUCAAGGUAUCAAGAAACAAAGUAGUAGGAGUUGGUUAUAUGUCACAUUGUAACCGAAAGAUGUAAUUGUGUUUGUGCACUACUGAGGGGCCCCAACAUAUUCGCAUGGUCCAAUUUGGUCUGCAGACUUCAGUUUGUUACAAUCGGAUUGCUAAUGGUUUGGUUACGGACCCAACUGUAAUAACUGAAAGGUUGUGACUAGAUUGAAUCCUCCUGAAAACAUUGGAGACCUGUUGUGCAAUUUACCCUGUAUAUUUAUGUAAAUAAAGUGUUUCAAAUAGUCAAGUUUAAUAAACGGUCAUACAUGUGAAACUUCAUGCUGCAUCUGUAAAUUAUUUUAUGUUGCAUCUGUAAACAACUGUAGCCAGACUUGGUCCUAUGGAAGAAAUUUCAAAUCUAAUGUUUAGUAA